UUUGGCUGAAAUUCUACAGCAUUCCACGGUUUUCUUUGCCACUGAAGACAGUCCCACGGACGCAUACCUGCUUAUCGAAUGUUCAAACUGAACCUCUUUUUGCUGGCGUUUCUCAGCACAUCGCAUGCGGAGGUGAACUGCACCGAGUCCGCCAGCAGUUGCUCCCGAAAUUCGGCCCCCCUGCUAUUGCAGGUUGGUGGCAGGCAAGAGGUUCUUCGUGCUGGCGCUGGCACGAGUAUUUUCGCUUCAUGGGUAGCAGGAGCGUUUGAGGACUGCUGGAGAGUCUGGAAUCGCCGUCCCGGGCCGGAACGGAAGAAUGCCGUCGGCUUCCAGCAUCGUCCGGUGACAUGCCGCUCGGCGGUGGAUGGCCAAGAGCUGCCGGAGGCCGCAUGUGGAGGUUUACAUAAGCCACGCCAUUGGCACCGCUGCGAUUGUGGAGUUACUUUGUGCCAUGAACUCCCAGAUCAUGCUCGACUAUUGCUGGGUAGUCUUCAUGAAGAACUUGGAGCUCUCGGAAGCAGCCGAGAUGUUCGCUUCGCCUUCCUUGGCUGCCUCGGUGGUGCUGACAGACCUGAAGGGGAGGCCACUCCAGGCCAGUUGCGCGAUGAGGCUUGCCUUGGCUGGACCGAAGAAGCCAAGUGUCGCUUGGGCCUUCCAUUUUACCGAUGGACGUCCUCCGACAUGGCAAUACCUCCUCACAUGUGCUUCAGGUUCUGUGCACAGAGAGGCUUAGACCUCUUUGGAAUCCUGGGUGGUGAAUGCCGCUGCGGAGCCUCUGUGUUGAACGAGGACGUUUGGCAUUGGGAGACUCCCCAGCCAGGCUUAACCUUGCCCUGGAGUGAGCUGGAGAAAUGCAGCGAGACCUCUGCUCGUGCCUAUCGCUACACCGGUCACUUUGAGGAUGGCUCCAUCUCAGCAGCACUGAUCUCCAUGUCACAGGAUGAUGUGGCCUACGUGGACUCUGUGGCGAAGGGGCAGAAGAUCUCUGCCGAGGAAGAGGAAGAUGUGGUCAAAGUUACCCAGGCCGAGAUCGACCCCGAGAUCAUGAUCGACCCCAAACCGCCAGCGCCCGCACUUCUGCAGGGCCGAAGUGGUCGAAAUGAGUGCCCGGUGAGCGGGACUUGCCCGUGCGGAAAUCCGGAAUAUCCAUGCUACGCCUACUAUACAGCAGGUGGAUUUUGCGCCUGUUUCAAGAUCAACGGCGAUACCACUCCUGAGAACUGCGCUGGGUUUGGGGGCACCUUCUGCGGUGAGACGACGACCACCACGACCACCACAACAACCACCACAACCUACACAGGGCCUCCGACCACUGCGACGACCACCACCACUGCUGAAGGUCCACCAGACGGGAUUGGCUGGAGCCGUUCCGGACCACAGAGCAGUGGGGGAACUCGUUGGCCCUCACGGAGUAGUGAGAAUCCUGGAUCUGGUGCAGAUGUGUGGCAGGAGUAUGUGGAGAUCAGGUACACCUUCGAAUCUGGCCUGGACAGCACCCGGAAGAAUGCCUUGCGGCAAGCGGUGGAGAUCUGGAGAGACGCCACAUGCAUCAACUUCAUCGAGGAAUCGAGCCCGGCGAGGCCGUAUGUGACGGUGGGCAAUUUCGACAGUGGCAGCUGCUAUGCGACUUUGGGGUAUUAUGGCACGAACACCAACUAUAGAGUCAAUCUUGGAUGGUGCAAUGGUGAACGUCAUAUUGGCAGCAUGGUCCAUGAACUGGGGCACAUUUUGGGGAUGAGCCACGAGCAGCAGAGACCCGAUGGACCAGAAACCUUCUACGGUAAAGGGCCGCAUUUGACUGUCUUCUGGGACAACAUUGAUCAGUCCUGGUGGUCCCAAUACGAGCCGAACGACCGGGUCUAUACGGGCUCAAAGAACGAUGGCACUGGCGAUCCUCAUGUGGGCUAUGCUGACUAUGACUUCGAAAGUAUCAUGCACUACGGUGGUGGUUCAGCCUUCGACACAAUUCCGACAAGCAAAGAGUCGCUGGUGGGAAACCGCAACCAACUAUCCACAGGCGAUAUCUCGCAGAUCUUAGACCUCUACCAGUGUAAGUCGACAGACACAACGACCACUACCACCACCACUACGACCACCACAACGACCACCACGACUACAACCACCACAACUACAACCACCACAACUACAACAACUACCACAACUACCACUACAACCACCACAACGACAACUACAACGACCACGACAACGACCAUGACAACGACCACCACCGCCACCAGCACCACCACCAGUGGAAGUGCAUUUGCGCCCAUCAGUGGUGACGGCUCAAACCAAGUUUGCCGUGGUGAGAGCAUCACCGACAACCGGGCUGAGUACUUUACCGCGCAGCAUAUGGUGGCAACUCUUGAAGACUGCAAGUCGCUCUGUGCCAACUUCCAGGGAUGUGUUGGUAUCGAGUACAACGCUGGAGGUCAACGAUGCGAAAUCUGGACCCGACCAGAAGGCAUUGAGGUCACCAAGGAAGCUGCAGGCUACGUGUGCUUAAAGUACCUGCCAAAUGCCCCCACCACAACCAGCAUCAACCAAGCGCUCUUCCAACCCUUGUCCGGUGAUGGCACUGGACAAGUGUGUCGAGGCGAAGGGCCAGGUGACAACCUUCCGGAGUACUUCACGGUGAAGUACAACAUCCCCAGCUUGGAGGGAUGCCAGGCCGAAUGCGUGGCGGUUGCGGACUGCAAGGGCAUCGAGUACAAUGCAGGUGGAAGUCGAUGUGAAAUCUGGAUUCGUCCAGAGGGAAUUGGCUCGACCUUUCCUCUCGAUGGCUACACUUGCUUGGCCUACACACCAAAUCUACCCACCACCACAAGCACCACAUCAACACUCAACCCUGCACUUUUCCAGCCUGUGAUGGGAGAUGGAACAGAUCAGGUGUGCCGCGGUGUGAAUGCUGGUGACAAUGCAGAUACUUACUUCACGGUGACCAGCGCUGCCUCCCUGGAAGCAUGCAAAGUUGCAUGUGUGGGAUCGUCUAGCUGCAAAGGGAUUGAAUAUCAUGUCAGCGGCCGCUGCGAAAUCUGGACAAGGCCAGAAGGAAUUGGGACUACAAUGACUCUGGCAGACUACACGUGCCUGAGAUACGUGCCUGGUGCAAGCGAUCAGUGAUGCUCUCUAAAUUCAGGACUGUCCAUCCACGCUCCUCGUGAGUGGAUCCACUCGGCCGGCCCCUGAAAUCUGGGGCUCAAUGGCCAAAAGGUGAUGCCACGAAAGGAUGCGGAAUGAGCUGGUUUUUGGCCCUGGAACCAGACCUGUGACCAGUGGAAGCCUUGAGAAUUCAGCUUCUUCACACGCUCCCUCUUGCAACCCGUGGCAUCAAACCC